AUGGGUAACAGAUUUGGCAAGAGGAGCACCUUCCCGGCUGCACACAAAUUCCUUGCAGGUACGUCAUAUGUGGUCGACUGCUUUACGCAUGAUGCAAUCCCUGGUGUCACUGCAUAUUUUCUAAGUCACUUUCACGCAGAUCAUUAUGCAGGGCUUGGACGGAAGUUCCGAGGCACACCGAUAUUCUGCUCACCCAUAACUGCCCAAUUGUGUCAACUGCAACUCCGCCUUCCUGCAGCUAUGUUACAUCCCCUACCUUUGGGAUGUCCCAUAUUGGUUUCCGAAAUCAUCCAAAAGGAAAGAGAAUAUGCAUGUGUCAGUUUAAAAGAUGAGCAUAUAAGGCUUUCUGAUAAUGAUGCCGAAAAUCCUGUUGACAUAAAUAUACUUGAUGCAGAUACUUCUGAGCGAAGCCUCUCGACUUAUCCAGAAAUAUCCCAACCACGAGUAAGUGUUACACUUUUCGAUGCCAACCAUUGCCCUGGAGCAGUGAUGUUCCUUUUUACGAUCGAAGAUGCCUCUAGCAAGAUUUCCCGGCAUAUUCUACAUACUGGUGAUUUUAGAGCCUGCCCUGAACGGAUCAUCGGGGCACCUGCUCUCACCCCCUUCCUAGGUAAAGGCGAUGAACUAUCUGGAUCUGCCAUACAGAAACAGGCAAGCAAGCCCAAAGUUCUGGACGUGGUAUACUUGGACACGACAUAUAUGGAAAGCCGCAUGGUGUUUCCGUCGCAGGAGCAUGUGCUCACACUGCUUACAGACGAAGUCCAUCGUAUUGUGGUGCAAGGAAAUCGCGGUAAGCUUAUUCCGCUCUCAUACUUGAUCGUUGUGGGCACAUACACAAUUGGCAAAGAAAGAGUUUGCGAGCGGCUGGCCAAAUUGCUCGCUACCCGUCUAUGGACAGCUUCUGAUCGUAAAAGGGCAAUUAUGGAGCUUCUUUUUCCUGCGGAAAUGCUGAGUGAUGACCCGCUCACAGCGCGAGUACAUGUCGUCAAUAUGAUGGAUCUCUCCUCAGACGAGGUCCUUGGGGCAAUGUUGGAUCGUUUCCGACCGCACUAUACGCACAUCAUCGCGGUUCGUGCCACAGGAUGGACGGCUGGGCAACCCUUUAGAUCAAAAGUGGCCCCUAAAGCCAAGAUGGUCACGGGAAUUAAAUUUGCCACCAAAGCCGAACUGACCAUUGAACCUCAUCAAGCUAGUGGAGAUCAUUUGAUGAUUGAGAAAACAAUCGAAGCAGGGAGUGCUAAAGUUUGUAUCAAACAGGAAGGCAUUGAUCCCAACGACUUACAGGAUGCACAAAAACAGACUCAAUAUGUGGAAAAGCCGACACUAUCCACGGGCCAGACCCAGCCUUCAAUUAGAAGCAGCAGCCGAAAAGGCACGCUUCCACGUCACCGAGGCCGAAUCACUUUUCUAGAAGUGCCAUACUCGGAGCACUCGAGCUCAGAAGAGUUACAGAAUUUCCUCGCCGCCUUUCAAAUUGGUACAGUGAUCCCAACGGUGGAGGGCAGUUGGUCUUAUUCCAAAUGA